AUUCCGGUGCAAGAAUGGUGGCGGCGAAUCUGAAGGCGGAGACGAUCUCGCUGAUGGACAUGCGGGCGGCCAUGCAGGCGAGAUGAACGCUAUCAUCGAGUCCCUCUGCGGCCCUGGUGGCCCCGGGCUCUCCGGCAACCUUGUCGACUCCGAGGGGUUUCCUAGGGCAGAUAUCGAGUUCCGGCUGUUCGAUCGCAACGUCAUCGGCUCUCUGGAUCACAAGGGAAUCACAGAAAGUUGCUCGUUGGCGCCAAAGAGUUCAGAUAUGUCAGUUUCUCUGUCUGAAAAUACAUCUCAAGAUUCUUCGACAAUAGAGGAAGCGUUUGGGAAUGUUGAGAAUGGUGAUAACUUGCAAUCAAGGCUCGUGGCCGAAGCGCAGUCCAAUCAGGGCAAUCCAAUACCUUUAGUAAUAGUCAGGCAGGGUGCAUUGAUGAAUAUAACCGUGGCACCUCGACCAUGGCAUGGUCCUGGAAGUUUGGGAUGCCAUUUUCGGAUCCUGUGGUUGUCCUCUUGUGAUGAUGAGCUAGUUAUAUUCAUCUGAUACCAAUGGCGCGCCUAACACUUGGGCCAGAUGUUUGUUGG